CGGGACAUCCAUCCCCCUCUUUGGCAUCUCCUCAACACUCAUUCACCCACUACCGUAUCUCUCAACUUCUCCCCUGACACUCGACGAUUUCAGACCAGAACUGGGCAUCCCGCAUCCCCCAUUUCUUACUCUAUCUGUACAAGGUAGAAUACAAAAAUGACGAUCCGCAAAGCCGACGACGCCACGACGGGUACGGUGACCCUACCCCCCGCCGGCCUCCCCUCGCGCAACCCGACCGAGUCGUACUGGCUCCGCGACCCGUCGCCGGUCCUCCUCGGCCACAGGGGCACGCCUGAUCUGCCCGAGACGGCGGACGUGGUGGUUGUCGGGAGCGGAAUCACGGGGGCGUUUGCGGCCAGGUUUCUUAAGGAGUGGGAGGAGGGGAAGGAGGGGGAGGAGAGGAGGAGGGUGGUGAUGCUUGAGGCAAGAGAGGUUUGUUUUGGUGCUACGGGCCGGAAUGGAGGUCACUGUCAGCCCUUGGUGUAUGGGUCGGUGCCGGCUGUGGCGGCGUUUGAGUUGGAGGUGUUUGAGUUUAUGGAGAGAUUUGUGAGGGAGGAGGGUGUUGACUGUGAUUGGGUGAGCCUCACUGGCGUCCAUGCCUUCUUUUCCAAGGACAUGUUUGAGCUCGCGGCUGCAGAAGCUGAGCAGCUCCAGCAGAGCCACCCCGAACUGGCCGCUCAACUCGAUGUCGUCCGUCGUUCGGACUCAUCCAGUACGAGCGACAAACCAACCCUCGCCUCCCUCCGGGUCCCCUCCGCUGAGGGCGCCAUCAUCCAGAAAAAGGCUGCUUCCCUCUGGCCGUACAAGCUCGUCACCUCCAUUCUCGAGCGCCUGAUCGCCGCCUUCCCCGCCCCAAGCUUCAACCUCCAGACCAACACCCCCGUCACCUCGCUCGCCCGGGCCAAUAACGGCGCUGGUUGGACCCUGACCACCCCGCGCGGCACCAUCACCGCGCGCCAGGUCCUCCUCGCCACAAACGGCUACACCUCCCACCUCCUGCCGGCCUUUUCGGACCUGAUCGUCCCCGUGCGCGGCCAAAUCGGUGCCUUGCUACCCCCUACAUCACCAAAUCCAAAACCAAUCCCAGUCCCAGCGAAGCUAGUCCACUCGUACGUCUUCGCCGCGGACCCGGAGCUGGGCUCGGUCGCGCCCCGGGAUGAUUACCUCGUGCAGAGGCCGCUUCCGGAGGAGGGGGAACUGAUCUACGGCGGUGGGCGGCGGCUUGCGCGCGGGCUCGGGGUGGGCGAGUGGCGGGAUGAUGAGGUCGAGGAGGAGGUGGCGAGGUAUUUGAGGGCGAAUCUGGCGCCGGUUUUGGAUUUGGCUUCUUCUCACAGUCAUGGUGAGGGUGGACAGCAGCUGCAACAGCAGGGGAAGGAGAGGGAGGAGGAGGAUGAGCUCGAGGCGUCGUUUGAGUGGACGGGUAUCAUGGGGUACAGUCGGGAUCAUCACGCGUGGGUUGGGGCAGUGCCCGAGAGUCUGGGCGGGGGAGGGCCCGAGGGAGGGCUGUGGAUCUGCGCCGGGUAUACGGGACAUGGCAUGCCGGCUGCGGCGUUGUCGGCGCGGGAGGUGGUGAGGCAGAUGAUGGGCGGGAAAAUGGGAGUCGAGGAGACGGGUGUGCGACUUCCUGACGAGUUCGUGCUGCAUGAGGAGCGAGUGGCUAGGGCUAGGGAGUUGCCUCACUUGACGCAGGGCUGGGAGGCCACGAAUUUCGCGGGCUUGAUCGGUGGUGCGGGCGUGCCUGCUGGUGGAAAGGGGAUGUAA